GGUAGUGCCCACAUUUACGACCUUGAACCCUGAAAGCAUCUGCGUGGAAACGAGGUUCAAACGAAGCGGCGAACAAUCAUUUUCGGACAUGGCUGAUGGACAGCGACUUAAGGGUAUUACGAUCAUCAAGCCUAUCAUAUACGGCAACAUUGCUCGGUACUUUGGCAAAAAGCGGGAGGAAGAUGGCCACACACAUCAGUGGACUGUUUAUCUCAAGCCCUACCGAAAUGAGGACAUGUCAGCCUAUGUUAAAAAAGUUCACUUUAAACUGCAUGACAGCUAUCCAAAUCCCAACAGAGUGGUCGUGAAGCCUCCAUAUGAAGUGACGGAGACUGGAUGGGGAGAGUUUGAAAUUAUCAUCAAGAUCUACUUCAAUGAUCCUAAUGAAAGGCCUGUAACCAUUUACCAUCUUCUAAAGCUUUUCCAAAGCGAGACAGACAUUAUGCUGGGAAAGAAGUCAUUAGUUGCUGAGUUCUAUGAUGAACUAGUUUUCCAGGACCCUACUUCCAUGUUGCAACAGAUGCUGUCAAAUGUUCGACCAAUUUGUGUUGGAACAUACAGGCAUGAAACAGACUUUGAUGAAAAACGUGAGAGAACACUCAACAACAUCAUGUCUGCAAAAAACAAAAUUCGUUAUGAAAUUUCAGAACUCAAUGACAGACUAAAGCAGAGCAAAGAAUCCAUUGCCAAAUUGAAAAUGGAAAUUGCCAAAAUGGAGGAAGAUGACAGAAUAGAUACAGAUGUGGUGACCUGAUGCAUGCAGAAGAUUAUGUACUUCUGGAUGGAUGUAUGUGUAUUAUUAAAUGAUUACAUUGUGAAUGUU